UAGUCCAAGUGCGGUCACUCUGAUGACAAAUCAUUUUUGCGCGUACUCAAUAAAAACCCAAUUAAAAAGUUUACAUAUGCAUAUGAACAUAUAAUUAAGUUUGUUUUUAAUCUAAAACACACCAUGAUUAUCACAGUAAAAAAUCUUCAGCAGCAAACUUUUACCAUUGAGUUUGCACCGGAAAAAACGGUUUUGGAACUUAAAAAGAAAAUAUACGACGAGCGCGGUGCGGAGUAUGUUGCCGAAAAGCAAAAGCUUAUUUAUGCUGGCGUCAUAUUAACGGACGACCGUACUGUUGGAUCAUACAAUGUUGAUGAAAAAAAGUUUAUAGUAGUAAUGUUGACACGCGACUCAUCCAGUUCAAAGACCAAUUUAAAUCGCUCAAAAGAAACUGACAAAUUGACAAGCACCAACUGUUCAAAGGAUCCCUUAGCUCCCGAAAAAGUCAACACUACUAACACUUCUCGUACUACGACUACGGAAGAGUUGCCAUCAGUUGUACCAAGUGAAACGACAAGUUCAAUAAAUAUAUCUGGUAAUGACUUAAUUGGCGAGUUAGCGAAUGCAUCUUUACAAUCGCGCGCUGAAUCUAACUUACUUAUGGGUGACGAAUACAACCAAACCGUUCUCUCAAUGGUGGAAAUGGGUUACCCACGGGAACAGGUAGAGCGAGCGAUGGCCGCCAGCUAUAAUAACCCAGAAAGAGCCGUUGAGUAUCUCAUUAAUGGCAUACCAGCAGAAGAAGAGACUAUCUUUAAUGUCGCCGAUGAAUCAUCAAAUGCUAGUGUAAUCGCUUCCGGACCACAAAAUGUUUCUGCACCACAUGCCGAUCGUCCAGCAGAAUUAAGUUCAGAUCCCUUUGAGUUUUUACGUAGUCAGCCACAGUUUCUUCAAAUGCGCUCUUUAAUAUAUCAAAACCCUCACCUUUUGCAUGCAGUUUUGCAGCAGAUUGGGCAGACAAACCCAGCUCUUUUGCAACUUAUUUCGGAGAACCAGGAUGCGUUUCUUAAUAUGCUAAAUCAACCGAUUGAAAACGAAACAGAAUCCAUUGACACAGUACCACAAGCUUCAAUUGCUCGUACACAAUCAACUUCUGCACAGAUUGAAAGCCUCUUUUCGUCAGAGUUGGAAGGCGCAGUCGCUGCACAAAGAUCAACCGCAGGAACGAGUGUGUUGCAGAGAGGCGACAACGCAGAGGAAAACGAAAACUUAGAAACAACAUCAGGAGUCUCAACCAUUCGACUAAACCCACAAGAUCAAGAUGCAAUAGAACGGCUAAAAGCACUUGGAUUCCCAGAGGCACUUGUACUGCAGGCGUACUUCGCGUGUGAAAAGGAUGAGGAACUAGCAGCUAACUUCUUGCUUUCAUCUAGCUUUGAUGAUUAAGUUGGCCAAAUGUAAAAAGUUAUACAUAUACUAUAUACGGAAAUCGUUACAAAUAAAAUUAGAAGUUCUAAAAGCAAA